CGACUUUUCUUUGUUAACUUGUUUUACGUCCCAAACUUACGCAUCUAUCCCGCAAGCUCGAUCCUAUCAUCAAUAAUCACCCCGUUCACAACCUUUACAAUGGCGUCCAACAUCCCCGGGAGAAGCAUCUUGCGCAUCACGCAGGUGCUAUUUGCGUUGGUGGUCUUCGGCCUGACUGCUUACCUCUUCGUUGCAUACCAAUUCGACGACAUCGCGAUCUACAUGUUCGCCGUCAGUAUCUGGUCCGCCUUCUUCGCGACGCCCUACCUGUCUCUGGCCCCCGUGCGAUUCGACCACGCCGCGAAGCACAUCGUGAUCCCCGCCGUCGAAACCCUGACCACGCUGCUCUGGCUGGCGGCCUUUAUCGCGCUCGCGACCAAGCUUCUUCCUGCCGACCAGUGCAACUUUGCCGGCUGCCAUGCCUCUCAGGUUGCUGUCUUGUUUGGGGCGUUCGAAUUUGCUCUCUUCACAGUGACAACCAUCCAAUCAUUCCUUGCUCUGCGCAGUGAGCGCCCGUCUACUGCACCAACAAAGGAAAUCCAGGAAGUUUAAAGCCACCAGGAGGUAUAAAGAUGGGCUGGAUCCAGUGAUCAUGAACGAAAGUAUAGAGGCUGUCUUGAUGGCAGCGUGCUUGACGCGGGUAUGAUGUUUAGAGUUUUGUAACGACCUAUUUCCUAAUUAUGUGAUUAAUGUAAUGAUGAACCCAUUUCCCUGAACUGCAUUCUUCUGAUUCU